AUGAUGCCUGUAAUGAUGUCUGUAAUGAUGUCUGUAAUGAUGUCUGUAAUGAUGUCUGUAAUGAUGUCUGUAAUGAUGUCUGUAAUGAUGUCUAUAAUGAUGCCAAUAAUGAUGCCUAUAAUAAUGUCUAGAAUGAUGUCUGUAAUGAUGUCUAUGAUGUCUAGAAUGAUGUCUAAUCAGUCAAUCAACAGUCAUUCAAACGUCAACCAGUCAUCCAGUCAACCAGUCAUCUCGUCAUCUCGUCAGUCUAUCCAUCUUCCAUUUUCGCGCAUCCAUCAUGUCCUACACCAACCUUCUUGUUCCUCCAUGGCCAGAGAAACCGUGAUUGGACUCGUGGGCAAGCCCUCGAGCGGCAAGUCCACCACGCUAAACGCCCUCACCGACGCCAACGCCAAGGUCGGCGCCUUCCCCUUCACCACCAUCGACCCGAACAAGGCCACGGGCUACUUGGAAGUGCCGUGCGCCUGUCUGCGGGUUUCCAAGCAGGACCAGUGCAAACCCAACUACGGCUACUGCCGCGACGGCACCCGCGGCGUGCCGGUGACGCUUUUGGACGUGGCCGGCUUGGUGCCCAACGCCCACUUGGGCCGCGGCUUGGGCAACAAGUUUCUCAGCGAUUUGACCGAGGCCGACUGUCUCAUCCACAUUGUCGACGUCAGCGGUACCACGGACGCCGAGGGCAAGGCCACACGCGGCUACGACCCGCUCCAGGACAUAGAGUGGCUCCAGGACGAGAUUUUCCGCUGGGUCUUGGGCAACUUGACCGAAAAGUGGCCGUCGGUGGUGCGGCGCCACAACGCCACCAAGUCGACCACGUUGGAGACGUUGCGCCAGCAGUUGGGCGGCUACUACGCCACCAAGCAGCUCAUUGCCAAGGCCUUGGACAGGCUCCCCGGCUUGCCGCCGUUGGGCGAGUGGGACGACGCAACGUUGCAGAAGGUGGUGCGGCUGUUUGUGGCGGUCAAGUUCCCCACCGUGUUGGCGCUCAACAAAAUGGACCACGCCGACGCAGACAAGAACGUGUCCAAGAUCAUGUUGCGCCACCCGGACCUGGUGGCGGUGUUGACGUCUUCGCUCACCGAGGUGUUUUUGCGCAAGCUCCAUGCGCAGAACUUCAUCCGCUAUGAGCCGGGCACCGAGUUCGUGGACACGGCCGAAGACUUGCCCGACGCCGGCCUCCGGCCGCUCGACGAGAAGUUGGCCGCACGCAUCGAGUCCAUCCGCGACUUGGUUCUUUUCCGCUUUGGCUCCACAGGCGUGACGCAGCUUCUCCAGGCGGCGGCCCGUUUGUUGGACCUUGUGCCUGUGUUCCCCGUGCGGAACAUCCACACCUUUGGCUCGGGCCUGGGCGUGUUUCCUGACUGUGUCUUGGUCAAGCGGGGCACGCAGGUUGGUGUGGUGGCUCGCCGCAUCAUGGGCGAUGUGACUAUUGCGGCGAUCGAAGGUGUGGGCGGCCGAGUCGGCGAGGAGGAUACCGUGGACGCAGGGAAGAACGACAUUCUCUCGUUCCGUGUGGCGCCAGGCAAGUCGUGA